AUGUUGGGCUACUCGUCUUCCGGUACAAAAAUAUCCCACAAUGGAGCAGAUAUCUCAGAUGUCCAGAGAGUAAUAGAUGGUGGGUUUGACUGGCGCGUGGAGUAA